CACAGUGACAGUUUUGUGACAACUUGUAUAUUUGUCCAGUUGUCAUAAAUUGUUUACAAUUUACGUUGAGCAAAUAGUCUAAAUAAAUUAUAAUUUAAAAAAGAAUUAUGGAGCCUCAGUGUCAAUUUUACGUAAUCCGAAAAAAACGUCUUUGCAGAAUGACAGUACGACCCGGAAAACAAUACUGCGGUGAACAUAACCCGCUGCCCGAAGAUGAUCGAUGUCAAGAUGACAGUCGAAUCCCGUGUCCAAAUGAUCCAAAGCACACAUGCUAUGUGAGGCGACUGGAGAAACAUCUGUCAAUAUGCAAUGCACGACCUCAGGAUGAUCCAGACUACAUUGUAAGAAAUGUGAACUGUCCCCCUGACAGCGGAGUCUGUCCCAGGCGUCCCCUCACACAAUACACAACAAACCAAAUCCAACAUGUCAUUGACAAAAUCAACUCCAUAUAUAAAGAGCACAUAGAGGGCAACAUUGAGAAUGCACCAGAAAUGCCAAUACACAGCGCUGUACUGGAGGAGUUCACGAGAGUGGGUCGCACAGAAAGCUCACUGCGCCACCUGCGUCAGGCCUCCAGCAUCCUGCACCUGGUCGAGGCUGAGGGUUUGGUGCAAGAGGGUACUUGCUACGUGGAGCUGGGUGCCGGAAAAGGUCAGCUGUCUGUGUUUGCGGCGCGGGCGUGGUGCGGCGAGGCGGCCGGCAGCAGCGUG